CCCUGAAGCUGGGAAAUGGCCGUGAUGGGAAUUGCAUGCCAGGGAUCUCCUGAUCCAGCAGUCAAACACAAAAAGGAGCUCACAGCUGCUGAGGGGCUGAAGGAGACAGUGAGUGAAAAGCAGAGCAGUGUUUGCAAAGUAGAAGAUUCAAAGAAGGCCAUCUUUGACAGUCAGUGGAAAAUCCUGAAUGAUGUAAUCACCAGAGGAACAGCAAAAGAAGAAACAGAAGGAGGCUGUGCAUCAAUUUCUAUUAUUGCCCAAGCAGAAUGUGAAAACAGUCAGGAGUUCAGCCCCACUUUAUCAGAGAGAUCCUUUAUUGCCCACAGUAAACGUUACAGCAGCCGCUCGGACAGCCUCGAUCACAUCCCCAACAAUGUGGCCCACGCCACGGAGGGCAGGAUGGCUCCCACCUGGAGAGGGAGGCACCGGGGCAGGGCCAGGAAGAAAAGGCACAAGAGAAGAUCCAAGCUGAAAGGACAACCUGUGGCUGCUGGCAGGAGGAGUCCAAGAACUCCAGAACAGGAGAGCUGCACCCCAAUUCCUGUCCAGGAGGAUGAAUCCCACCAAAGCACUCUUUACAGAAACGGUUUUUGGGUUCCUGAAUUUAACAAGGACUUGGGCUAUGAUCCACUGCCUUUUGAGAAGCCUGCCCAUGCCCCUUUGUCCGUGGGCAAACUGCAUUCCCCGAGGAGCCAGUACAAAACUGAACUGCACAAGCUGAUCAGCCCUAUUCAGUGCCUUAAUCAUGUUUGGAAACAGAGGGACACUGUUCCCCAGCCUGAGACUCUCCUCCAUCCUUUCCCCUACAACAUCCUUCCCCCCCAUUUCCCACACGUGGACAAUCCUCUCCGUGCCCUGAAGCAGAAUGCUCUGGACAAAUACUUCCAUGGUGACCUCAACUAUCAAGACAGUCACUUAUCUGGCCUAAACUUAGAAUAUAAUUUCACCAAAUGCAUCAACCAGUCUGUGCAAACCAGUGCUGACAAACUUUCUGUGGAAGAAUAUUUGGUAGAUGCCUUGAAGGGGAGCGUGAGUUUUGGAGAACCACAAAAUUUAGCCAGCCUGGCCAAGACGUGGAGAGGAGGUGGGCUGGAGCUGAAGGAACAAUUCCAUGAAGCAAGUGAAAAUGAAGGAGUGCUGCUGAAUGAGAAGCUGAAGCCGGUGGAUUACGAGUACCGAGAAGAAGUUCACUGGACCAAGUGCCACGGUUCCCUGGGCAUUGGCUCUUUUGGGGAGGUCUACAAGAUAGAGGACAAACAGACAGGAUUCCAGUGUGCUGCCAAAAAGGUGCAGCUGGAACAUUUCCGUGCUGAGGAGCUGACGACGUGCGCGGCCGUGAGCAGCCCCAGCGUGGUGCCCCUGUAUGGAGCUGUCAAGGAGGGUCCCUGGGUCACCAUCUUCAUGAAGCUCAUGGAGGGUGGCUCAUUAGGGCAGCUCAUUAAGCAGAGUGGCUGCCUGCCAGAGGACAGAGCCCUCAGCUACCUGGGCCAGGUCUUAGAGGGUCUGGAGUAUCUUCACGCUCAAAACAUUCUCCAUGGAGAUGUCAAAGCUGAGAACGUGCUGCUGUCAGCAGAUGGGAGCAGGGCCCUCCUGUGUGACUUUGGCCACUCUGCUCACCUGCACCCAGAUGGGCUGGGAAAGUGCUUGGUCACAGGGAACUACGUGCCUGGCACAGAGACCCACAUGGCCCCCGAGGUGGUGAUGGGGAAGCGCUGUGACUCCAAGGUGGACGUGUGGAGCAGCUGCUGCAUGAUGCUGCACAUGCUCAAUGGCUGCCACCCCUGGACCCAGUACUACAACCACCCUCUGUGCCUGAAGAUCGCUAAAGAGCCGCCUCCUGUGAGGGAAAUUCCACCUUCCUGCAACCCUCUCACUGCUGAGAUUAUAAAGCUGGGGCUGGAGAAGGAGCCUCUGCACAGGGCAUCUGCAUCAGAGCUCAGAACUAAAACCAGCGUGGCACUUGAGGAAGUGGGAGGUGUGAGAAGCUCCUGGAAAGGUGAAUACAGAGAGCCCAGACAUUUCUCUUUGAACAAAGAAAACAGUGCACAAACAUCCCUGUCCCCCACAGUGAGCCCAGUUUCUGAGAUUGCUUCUGACCCAAAACUGUCAGUCAAAGUUUCCUGUGGCAGCUCAGUCCUCCCACCUCCAUCUCUGGAGCAAACAGAGGAGGCUGAGGGACCCCACUGGAAUGAGGACAAGGAGUUACCUGAGACCUGUGAUCCCCCACCCCUCUCCUCAACUCCUCUGCCCCUGAAGAGCUGCAGCCACGUGGAAAGAGCCACAAACAUUUCAGAGCAAGAACUUCAGCAGCUGGAAAUUGAACUCUUUCUGAACAGCCUUUCCCAGCCUUACUCUCUGGAAGAGCAAGAGCAAAUGCUUUCCUGCCUCAGCAUUGACAGCCCCUUUGUGUCAGAUGCCAGUGAGAAGAACUCCAUGAAGGCCUCUCAGAGCUUGAGGGACACCAUGAGCUCUGGGAUCCAUUCCUGGAACAGCCAGGCAGAGGGGCAGAGCUGCAGCUGGAACAACCUGCUGAGCCGCAGCCGGCACACGGACACCCCCAGCUGCUUCAACGGAGUGAAAAUCCAGAUCCAGUUGCUAAGUGGAGAAAAUUUGCACAUCAGAGAUUUCCACAGGACAAAGGUGGGAGACAUUGCCACGGGGAUCAGCAGCCAGAUCCCCGUGCCUGCCUUCAGCCUGGUGACCAAGGAGGGGCAGCCUGUGCACUACAACAUGGAGGUGCCUGACUCUGGCAUCGAGCUGCAGUGCACCCUGGCCCCCGACUGCAGCAUGGGCUGGGCCUGGCGCGUCAAGCACGGCCAGCUGGAGAACAGGCCCUGAGGCCCUGCCUGCUCUGGAGCUUUGCACCUUGUGAAAGGAGGGAUUGCGAAGCUUCUGACCUCCCCUGCCGUGGAGCACCAAGUGCAGUGGCUGCUGGUUGUGCUGCAGCAGGAUCACAGCUCGCUGCCCUCGCUGCUGUUGGCUGCUCUGAUCCACUUCCAAGGCGUGUCCUGAGCUUAGACAUUCCCCAGGACAGUGGGAAUUCCUUGUUUGGGGUGUGUUAGAGCUGGAGAAUGGUAGGUGGAAAUUCCUCACUUCUCAGAGGAAGGAGGUUGUGCUGUUCAGGAGAGCAGGGCCAUGAGAACUCUGCUCCUGCUCCAAGGUGAGGUCGGUCGUGGCUGGGCUUGCCCAGAGGAGGAGCUUGGGUGCCCUCAGUGUUGUGCCAAGGGGAGCUGGCUGACUUCCUUCCAGCUGGAGGAAAAACCAUUUCUGUAGGCUCUGGGGAGCAUCAUCUCCACCUCAAGCCUUCAGCAUGGGGAGGAUCCACAGCAGUCACUGGCUGGCUCUUGGUUUCACCUCCCACCCUUCCCCGCGGUGGCUUCGUUCUUGAAUGAGAAAAGAACUUUGUUCCCAGAAAGAGCUUUGCUUGCAGCUCCCACCUGCAGGGCUCAGAGGAGCUGCUGCUCUCUCUGGUGUCCCUGGCAGGCAGGGCAGGAGAAGGGUACAGAAUUCCAUGGAGGGGUCGUUCCUCCAUCCUGUUCCCACCUCUGAGGUGGGACUUCAGGUGUGCUGUCCCAUCCUUGGAGGAAUAAGGGACAUCAGCUCUGUCAGCUGUGACAGGGAUGAAUUUUAUUGCAGAGUUUAUACAAAUCUCCCUCCCAGCUCCCAGUCCAGCCCAGUGCCCCAGUUCUGUGAGCUCAGCCUGGUCUCACAAGGCUUCCCACUCCU